AUGUAUAACAAGUCGCUCAAGAUUAAUAUAACAAAACUUGGCGACAAUCAUCCAAGUAUUGCUACAACAUAUAACAACAUUGCAAGUGUCUAUAAUCAUCAAGGCAAGUAUGAUGACGCUCUAUCAAUGUAUAACAAGUCACUCAAGAUUAAUCUAACACAACUUGAAGACAAUCAUCCAAGUGUUGCUACAACAUAUGACAACAUUGGUCGUGUCUAUAAUGAUCAAGGCAAGUAUGAUGACGCUCUAUCAAUGUAUAACAAGUCACUCAAGAUUAAUCUAAUACAACUUGGCGACAAUCAUCCAAGUAUUGCUACAACAUAUGACAACAUUGGUCGUGUUUAUAAUCAUCAAGGCAAGUACGACGACGCUCUAUCAAUGUAUAACAAAUCACUCAACAUUCGACAAAUACAACUUGGCGACAAUCAUCCAAGUAUUGCUAUAACAUAUAACAAUAUUGCAAGUGUCUAUUAUCGUCAAGGCAAGUAUGAUGACGCUCUAUCAAUGUAUAACAAAUCACUCAAGAUUAAUCUAACACAACUUGGCGACAAUCAUCCAAGUAUUGCUACAACAUAUAACAAUAUUGGUCGUGUUUAUAAUCGUCAAGGCAAGUAUGAUGACGCUCUGUCAAUGUAUAACAAAUCACUCAACAUUAACCUAACACAACUUGGCGACAAUCAUCCAAGUAUUGCUACAACAUAUAACAACAUUGGUCGUGUCUGUAAUGAUCAAGGCAAAUAUAAUGACGCUCUGUCAAUGUAUAACAAAUCACUUAUCAUUAAUCUAACACAACUUGGCGACAAUCAUCCAAGUAUUGCUACAACAUAUGACAACAUUGCAAGUAUCUAUAAUCAUCAAGGCAGGUAUGAUGACGCUCUGUCAAUGUAUAAUAAAUCACUCAAGAUUAAUCUAACACAACUUGGCGACAAUCAUCCAAGUAUUGCUACAACAUAUAACAAUGUUGGUCGUGUCUAUAAUGAUCAAGGCAAGUAUGAUGACGCUCUAUCAAUGUAUAACAAAUCACUCAAAAUUAAUCUAACACAACUUGGCGACAAUCAUCCAAGUAUUGCUACAACAUAUAACAACAUUGGUCGUGUCUAUAAUGAUCAAGGCAAGUAUGAUGACGCUCUAUCUAUGUAUAACAAAUCACUCAAGAUUGACCUAACACAACUUGGCGACAAUCAUCCAAGUAUUGCUACAACAUAUAACAACAUUGGACAAGUCUAUCAAGACCUAGGAAAGUAUGAUGACGCUCUAUCAAUGUAUAACAAAUCACUCAAUAUUCGACAAACACAACUUGGCGACAAUCAUCCAAGUAUUGCUACAACGUAUAACAACAUUGCAAGUGUCUAUGAUCGUCAAGGCAAGUAUGAUGACGCUCUAUCAAUGUAUAACAAGUCACUCAAGAUUGCACUAACACAACUUGGCGACAAUCAUCCAAGUAUUGCUAAUACAUAUAACAACAUUGCAAGUGUCUAUAAUCAUCAAGGCAAGUAUGAUGACGCUCUGUCAAUGUAUAACAAAUCACUCAAUAUUCGACAAACACAACUUGGCGACAAUCAUCUAAGUGUUGCUACAACAUAUGACAACAUUGGUCGUGUCUAUAAUGAUCAAGGCAAGUAUGAUGACGCUCUAUUAAUGUAUAACAAGUCACUCAAGAUUAAUAUAACACAACUUGGCGACAAUCAUCCAAGUAUUGCUACAACAUAUAACAACAUUGCAAGUGUCUAUAAUCAUCAAGGCAAGUAUGAUGACGCUCUAUCAAUGUAUAACAAGUCACUCAAGAUUAAUCUAACACAACUUGAAGACAAUCAUCCAAGUGUUGCUACAACAUAUGACAACAUUGGUCGUGUCUAUAAUGAUCAAGGCAAGUAUGAUGACGCUCUAUCAAUGUAUAACAAGUCACUCAAGAUUAAUCUAAUACAACUUGGCGACAAUCAUCCAAGUAUUGCUACAACAUAUGACAACAUUGGUCGUGUUUAUAAUCAUCAAGGCAAGUACGACGACGCUCUAUCAAUGUAUAACAAAUCACUCAACAUUCGACAAAUACAACUUGGCGACAAUCAUCCAA